AUGUCUCUGUAUCUAACUAUCUAUAUAUACACACACAGACACCAUCACCGUCAACUAAAUCCUUCUCUUCAACACCAUCUAACAUCUCCACGCAUCGCCGCAACUGUAAUUACAUCGCCACCAACACCGCCACCGCUCCCCGGAAAAAUUAACAAGUUUAAGCAAAUGGGUUUCUCAAGCGAUGUUCAAUCACACUACAAGACCCACAAGCUCUUCCUCAUCAGCAAUUACGUCUUACUGGGAGCAGCCUCCAGUUGCAUCUUCCUCACACUCUCCCUCCGCCUUUUCCCCUCCGUCUCCGGCGGACUGCUUGUCCUCCUCCAUAUCAUCACCAUCGCCGGAGCCAUCUCAGGCUGCAACGCGGUGUCUGCCGGGUCAAACAAGUGGUAUGCAGCCCACAUGGUGGCGACUGUCCUCACCGCGAUUUUCCAGGGAUCUGUAUCUGUUCUGAUUUUCACGACGACUUCGAAUUUCUUGGCGGCGUUGAAGUCGUAUGUUAGGGAGGAUGAUGCGGCGGUGAUAUUGAAGAUGGCCGGUGGGCUCUGUGUUUUGAUGUUCUGUUUGGAAUGGUUGGUUUUGACUCUUGCUUUCUUCUUGAGGUAUUAUGCUUUUGUUGAAGGCAGCCAGACCGGAGGGAAGGUACAGGCGGAGGAGAACUCUAAGCCGGUGUGGACACCACCGUUCCAAGUUUAG